CCCAGUCCAGAUUUCUUUCUUCAAAUCGGUGAUAAAGAUGCAACCAUGGUUGAAAAAGUUAUAUUUCUUUCUCCUCCCAAUCUGGUUGCUGCUAGCCGUAAUGUUCCAAGUAUCUAAUGGAGGCAUGGGCGGUGGUGGCGGCGGAGGUGGACUCAUGGGAGGAGGAGGAGGUAGCAAGCACGGAGGCGGAGGUGGUGGACUGGGUUCCAUGUUAGUGGCAGGUCUCAUAGCAAAGAUACUAGGGGAACACGAACAUCAUCACGAAUGUGAACACGGUCAUCAUCAUGGCCACCAUCACAUGAUGCAAAUGAUGCACAUGAUGCACGGUUGAUAACUCAUCUCGAGUAUGAACACGGCCAACAUCACAUGAUGCAUAUGGUGCACAUGACGCACAGCUGAUAACUUCUACCUAGCCAGAAAUGUAUAUAUACCUCAUCAUCAUCUGUUCAUCAAAUUAUUUUUGUACCAUAACUUUUUUUACAUAAUAAAUCGCUUUAUUUUC